AUGGGUAUUCUUCAUCAGGGAGGUUUGAUUCCGGCUGUAGACUACUUGCAGCAAAAUGUAAGUGUUGAUAGUAAUUUUCUAUUCUGGAGAACUUACAAGCCACCUACCUGGAUGUUGAAGAAUGGAUCUGCGGACCAUGUCUAUUUUAAUAAAGACAGUGACGAUUUAUCUGCAAUUGAUUACUCAUCUAUAAGUCAACCUUUCACGGUCGAUUUCAUGGGUCUUGAUUACGAUCAAUUUCUUCCAAUCUUGGAAAAAAUAACAACGGUUCAUAAGGGAUCUGUAUAUCUAGUGGCACCUCUAAAUGCGAUGCUCACCUUUCAAAAUGUUACUACCACAUUCAAUUACACCCAACUCUGGUCAACCGCUUGGCAUCUUGAUAUGGACCACUUCGAAUUUGACAAGUUUGGUUUCAAAACGUUCACACCAGGGAUCGGCGUCUACAAACUGCUAUAG